CAUCAGUUGUGUUAUAUAGUUCAUGACUAUGGUACAUUUAAUUUCAAGCUUGGUUAAGUAGUCUCGAGAUAGACAGAACGAUAUCAAUAAUAUUCAAGAAAAGUAAUAUUGAAUUUUUAAUAUUGAAUCUAAAAAAAGGAAUGGCACAGUUACCAUCACCAUUUAUUAACCAUACUAGAAAAGUAUGUAGUCUCUACAAACGUGCUUUACGCGCGAUAGAAGAUAUGAAUAUUGAAAGACACGAAUAUAGAUACAACGCAGUUUUAUUGAGACAACGUUUCGAAGAAAAUCGAAACAUAAAAGAUCUUCGCGUUGCCAAAGAAUUGUUAUUGGCUGCGGAAGAAGAAUUAUUUCAAAAUAAACAUCCUGAUCCAUCAAUCUUUGCUAAUAGCCCAGGUGGGAUAGCUCAUGGACGUUUUGUGGUGCCACCAGAUUCUGUAAUGGAUUUCUGGGAUCCGGUUGAAAAAGCUAGAUAUCCGAAAUAUUUUGCACAAAGAGAGAAACUUAAGGAGGAAUAUGAAAAAUUAUAUAAAAAAUUGUAUGCCAAUCCUCCUAAAAAUACUGAGGAAGUAAACCCUACUAAGUGAUUUAACUAAAAUGCAUUGUUUAUGUAGAUAUAAUAGUGAAAAUAAAGUUGUUUGUUACGU